AUGGACCUCGCUAAGGACUUUCUCAGCUUGACCAUCGCCGAGGCCGCUGCCCCUGAGUUUCGCUUCAAAUCCAGAGGCAACUUCAACGCCGUCAGAAGCGACCCCAAGCCUGACCCGUCCGUCAAGACCUACCCCCACGAGGAACUCGAGAAGCGUGUCUGGACCGCCUGCGUGAACGGUCGCAAGCAUCUCAUGGCGGUCAACGCGCGCAAGGCAGCUGAGAAGGAGGAGGCUGCUGCCAAGGCUGCUGCUGAGGCAGCUGAGGCUGCGAACGCGAACGCGAUGGUCUUGGAUUAG